AUGGGUGAGAAACGUACCGUGUGCCCGCGCCGACGACAGGUGCCCCUUCUGGUAGUGACCACCCUGCUGGUCGGCGUGCGUACGGAGCUUGUCGAUCCUAAAUUCAAGGAGCCGAUAGCCAAUGUAACCGCGUCGGUGGGAAGGGAAGCCAUUCUCUCCUGCGUAGUUCAAGAUCUGGCCGGAUACAAGGUGGCCUGGUUGCGCGUCGACACGCAGACCAUCUUGACGAUAGCGAACCACGUGAUCACAAAGAAUCACAGGAUCGCGGUCUCCCAUAGCGACCAUCGGACGUGGUUCCUUCACAUACGGGAGGUGCGGCAAGCCGAUCGGGGCUGGUACAUGUGCCAGAUAAACACGGACCCCAUGAAAAGCCAGAUCGGUUAUCUGCAGGUAGUCGUGCCGCCCGAUAUCGUCGACUAUGAGACCAGCACGGACAUGGUGGUGGCGGAGGGGCGGAACGUGACUCUGCGUUGCGCCGCGACCGGUUCACCGACGCCCAACAUCACCUGGCGGCGCGAGGACGGUCAGCUAAUUCACCUCGGCAACGGGGAGAGAGUCCCAACCGUGGAAGGCUCGAGCUUCAACCUCACAAAGGUGGACCGGUUGCAUAUGGGUUCCUAUUUAUGCAUCGCAUCCAAUGGUGUGCCGCCCUCCGUCAGUAAGAGGAUAAUGCUCACUGUGCAUUUUCCGCCGAUGAUUUGGGUGCAGAAUCAGCUGGUGGGCGCUCGCGAGGGCCAGAAGCUGACCCUCGAGUGCUCCUCGGAAGCGUUCCCGAAGUCUAUCAAUUACUGGACCAGGGAUAAGGACAAGAUAGUGCCGCAAGGUGGAAAAUACGAGCCGGUGCUGGUGGAUAACGCGUACAAAAUACAAAUGAAACUGACGAUAAGCUCCGUUAGUCCGUCCGACUACGGCUCGUACAAAUGCGUCUCCAGGAAUUCGCUGGGCGACACCGACGGCAGCAUUAAGGUCUAUCCGAUAUCGAGUUCCAAUUCCAAUGACAGCACCAACUACAAAGGCAAACUAAGGCAUAAUUCAGGGAACGAUAUCCUGGAGGGAAAUCGAGACAUGCUGAAGGAACAAGACCUGGAACUGCGCGGCCGUAAAGAGCACGGCGGCGACGUGACGGAUUACGACGAGUCCAGCGCCAACAGCAACGGCAGCUCGUUGCUCUUGGUGAUCCUCGUCGCGCUGUGCCUGUGCCUCCAUCACCAUCCGCAGAUGCGAACGCUGCACCCGGCCUGAGAUCUGUCCACGAGCCGGUGCCGCGCGCGCGCGUACUUCGACCAUCGAACCAUCGAGACUUUGUACAUCCACUUGUAAAUCCAUCGCUCAGGGACUUCAGUCGAGGAUGAAUAUCGUCGAGGACUACCGUGCUGACCACUUAAACUGUACGAUAAGAUAAUAAUACUGUAUAAGUAGCAUUAGCGAUUAGGAGCGAACCGACCGCGGCCAGGGUCGCCGUCCUUGUCGUCGUCGCCGUCGGAGUUCGCUAAGGCGGGAUUACGACUCGAAGGCACGGUCAUUUCGGACGGCGAGUGUGCGGCAGCCGGGGUUACGCGCGGAUCUACCCCACGGGUGGCCGGAAUCGUGUUAUAACGUCGGGGAACGACUGCUCUGAUUUAUUUUAAGGGUUGCGUCAGCAGCGUCACGGAGAUAACUGAAAUAUCCGUAAACUUGGAACGUCUACGCGAGAACCGAACGAGGGGAAGAAGAAAUGUCGGGGUUAUCUCUCUCGGAAAGUGAAGAAUACGCAAAUUAAAUUAGCUCUAUCUCUAAGUUCUCUCUCUCUCUCUCUAUCAUUUUAUUUAUUAAAAGAGCAGCUUAUUCCCAUUCGUUAUUGUUGGUUCUGUCUAUUUAGAUCCAUGAACGAUGUCCUCUAUUCAUAAUAAACCGCUCAUCUAAUCAAUUCUCCAUGAAACAGCAAACGUGUGUGUAUGUGUGUGUGUGUGAGAGGAAGGGGGUAUCGCGUGGCGAUCGACAAAUGCGCGCGUCCCAUCCAGCUCGAUAACGAUCGACAACGAGCAAUAAACAAGAAGUCUUAUCGCGAAGAGAACGGUUUUCUAUGAGAAGGCAGGCCAACGAGGAACGAGCAGUUUCCGCCGUCUCGCGUCAUUUUUAAUUGGCCACCCGGACAGCUGAUGUAUCCGUGCUUUAGAUCACUAUUGCGAAACAACGGCCGAGCGAUGCAUCGAAGGGGCUGCACCAAUUGCAGGGGAAAGCAGUUACUGUCUAGGCGCUUAUUAGAGGACUCUAGGCCAGAACGGAGCUGUCCAACUCAAGCGAAGGAUGAACCACUUGAGAGAGGGUGAGAGAGAAAGAAAGAAAGAAAGAGAGAGAGAAAGAGAGAGAGACUAGUCACAGUGCCGCAGGUUUGCUCGCGCUGUUGAUCUUUCCCGACAAAUUCGGAGAGUAAUACCAGAACAUUGUUAAAAAAUUCGCGUACGACACGAAAGGAGAAAAUGGAGUGGUGCUUGAUAGGCUCGAUUUUAUUUUAUUCACAACUAAUUAAAUCAGUCUCUCGAUUUGAAAUAUAAGUUCAAUUUUCAUUGUGCCUUUCCCCGCGACAAGGAAAAUUAAUAUUUUUUUCCGUUGGCUCGCGGAGAAAAGGAGAAAGAGAUGGUUUCUCCUUAUAUCUCGCAUAAAUCCGAGAAACGUCUUAUUUUCCAGAUUGAGCGGCACAUAACUCGUUGUUGAUACGCGUUUUCAUAACGACGUUUAUCGGCAAUAACAGACGCGGUUUAUCCCCCCGAUCGUGACAGGCGAACCAGCAGCCGUCUUCUCUAAUGAGUUUCGAUAUCCUUUGAGGCUGCAUCGACGCGGUGACAUCGGUCGGCGUCGUUUGCCAAGCGCUCGUGAAUCUGACUGUUGACUCGAGGAGGUGAUUACCGUGUGCAUAGGAGUAGGUAGCAUUAAUCUCUAAUAGAAUAUACCCGAGACGGAUCAUAUUAUAUCGAUAGCGAUCGCUUCAAGUUUCGCACCAGAAAGAAAAAACCUCGGCGGACGGAUCGCGUUCAUUAGAAUUUGUACGGGGAAGGAUGUUCGCGUUAGCCGGAAAUCUAUUCUAACAAUAACUCUCUGUAUAGUACACUAUGUAUAGUAUUAGCAUAAUACUGGUGUAUGUACUAUAUAUGUAGGCAGAGGUGCGCGCGAAGACGACGUGACAGAUUUCUCCCCGGAUCUCUGCACGGAAGGCAGAAACAUCAAAUCGACAAGUUAUCCUAUUUUUGCAUAAAAUCUCGUCUAAGUAAUAGCCGCACUGAUGGAUUAUGUUGAAGGAUUAAUUCGCAUAUUUUACGUAUUCUCUUAUAUUUCUAAGAUUUUAUUUCAAGAUUUGAAAAACAGAAGUUGUAUACAUUCUUCGUGUAAUAUUAAUUUUGAGCUCGGCAACUCCCGUAGGAAAAUGUUCGAACGCAUAUUUCUGCGACUGGGUAUUUUAAAAACGAAAAAUCAGAAUAUAUCGAUAUGUCUGUAUAUAGUAUGUAUGAUAAGUACAAUUAUACUUAGGCUACGUAUGGUAACGUUAAGUCAAGACUGAGGAAGCUCCCCGGCGUCCUUUUAAAUCACACCCGUUUCCGAGCAGUGGUCGAUGUACCGCGUGAUGAACAGAUCUCUCGCUUUAUUAUCGCUCUAUUGUACAUACUAACAUAGAUAGCAGGUCUCGAAAGUGUUGCACCUUCGAUUCACGCACGUAUCAGCCACGCGUAAGUAUGCGUAUUCACGCGUGAAAAGUGGAAAAAGAAAAGAGAAGCAAAAAUUUAAAAAGCGAAACUCGUUCACUCGAACGGCGAGAGGCGAGACAAUAGGCGCGAUGUCCGAAAAACUCGUCCCGAAAGUGCAAUUGAUUCCGAGCACUAGAGUGCUGGUUUCCGGCGCACGUGCUUUUCUUUCUUUUCGCGAAACAAAAUGGGCCGAGCUUGCGAGAAUAUUUGCAGAAUCGACGAGUGGCGGACAAUUCAACGCGAUCGGCGAUAUGAAUUAUUUACUAAGUUUACUCCCUUCGUCCAUCUCCCCUCCCCUCCUCCUCCCACCUUUCUCCCAGCUAAUGUAUUCUCCGCUAAUGCGUUGCAAUUAACAAUUAACCGUAAUUUCCGUAACGUUUAUUAUUAACGUUGUCGUACGACAAAUUAUAAUUGAUGCAAAUAUUUGUGGAACUUCUGUUAAGCUGUCAGAGCGCGCAUUCUACAAACUGGGGCAUAUUGUACAAUCUGAGUCGUAAUACAAUACGCAAACUACGACGGCGGGGCGUUUGCGUAUGGCGUUUUGUGUUUUCGUUCAAUGAUCUGUAUACCUAUGUAUACGUAUGCAAAUAGAGAGCUUAUUAUUGAAUACCCGAUAUAUGAAAGCGGCUCAGUUUCGAAAUGGGUCAAAACUGAAGCGUAAUAGGUGUAGGAGAAGCGAGGAAAAGCGGGCCCUCUCUCUCUCUCUCUCUCUCUCUUAUUGUCGGAGAAAAUAUUCGAAUAUUAAAAACCGCAAAAGAAGUGUUCCCGGAAAUAAAUUUGCCGGUAAAAGCGCGCGCGAGAGAGAGAGAAUCGCGGUUUGUCGCGAGGCUGGAAGAAAUCGAUCAAUUAUCGACCCGACGAUUCGUUCCUUUCUAUCGUACCGCACGUGUAUGAUCUAUUUCGAGCGUACGUGAGACACCUUCGCACACGUGGAAGACAUAUCAGCCCCGUUUGUGUUCUUUCGGCACUAAAGGACGAUUGCAAGAGUCAUUCGGAUGUAAGACAUAUCUUCGAUAACGCGUCAAUUAAAAAUUCAUUUUUAGCGAAGGAUGUAUCAUUCAAGAGCAUUUCAGUAUCAAAGCGUAUUCGCGCUCUCGGAAGUCGGAAUACGCGGAAUAACGAAGUAUCAAAAACGCCGGCUAUCACCGACGAAAUUUAAUUUAGCGCCGCAGCAAUAUUAACCACCGGUUCAAUCGCUCCGCAUUGUAAUUAAGGACGUUUGACGCCUCGACUGGUCACCAUUUAGGGUGCGGAAGUUCGCGAGGUUUCACCGGGCUCCUCGGCAGAGCGACUCGAGGCGCUUUAAAGCCAACUGGAUUGUCAACUGUAUAAGAUGGGGUUGAUAAGAUCGGCUGGCUAGAUGGCUCGAGCAAUAAUAGAACGAGAUGAAUCUCUCGUCUGUGUCGAGCAAUGAGCAAAACGAACGCGAGAGAGAGAGAGAGAAGGAGAGAGCGAGUCUCGAUCUCUCUCGGACGCGUCUCGUGGUCGCUCGCGUGAGUAAGCCGCGAGUCCUUGCGAACUUUCACGCUCUACUUGUCGUAUAAAAUAUCGUUAUAUAUCGUAGCGUCUCCACACAUCAUCGAUUUCACGCUACCUACACCCAGUAUACGGUGUUUACGAUCGCGAAUUGUUUACGAGUAAACUAAUAGCGACCGUGACAAUUAAACAAUAUUGAAGAUAACCCAGAGCAACCUACUUUUGUAUCAUCGGCAUUGUAGAUAACAUACCGAAACACAUUUAGACGUAUCGUGUAACGCGUGUAAUAUGUCGUCGGCGAGGCCGUGACGAAGGCCGGAGUUUGUAAUAAAGGUGAAUAAUCGCGAGUCGUAAAGGGGGGGAGGGGGGUGUAGAAAAGAAAGAGGGGAGCGUGUCGCAGCGGCGGCGAUUAAUUAAGCAUGCGGCCGCGCCAUGCGUGGCGCGUAAAUAUAUACCUAUACAUACCACGAUAGUUCUAUGCGAAGAAUAUAAAUAUGAAAGAAACAAUAUCGUACGUAGUGUACAGGUAGGAUGCAUUGUCUGUGCUGAUUGGUGGCGUAACUAUACGUGUCUCUCGCAUAAUGUAAUAAAAAUAAGGGAAGUACUCGCAUCUCGCGACGUUUCGUAAAAUUUUGCUACGAGGUAAACACGAGGGCCGCCAUCGGCAAUUCGAUCCAUCGAGGGGAAUCUCGGGAUGAGUGUCGGUGACGGCGAGAGGCGCGCAUUCCCCGCCGUAUUUAAGCGGAGGCUCGACAACGUGGCUGUAAAUUAUCAAUGUCUCCGCGAUAACGCUGACACGGAUCGGCGAAUAGUCGUUAAACAAUAAAUAAGCGUAGAUUAAUGACGAUGUUUAAUUACGUAUAUAGCGCGCGACACCGCAAUUUAUCUUGCGACCAUGUCAUCGGAGUCGAUCUGGUUGCGCCACUGCCCGUGCUUCUCGCACGCGAUCUAGUCCUGUAAGCACUAUCGACGUCGGAGAAAGAUAUUCGUGUAUACAUGAAAUACAAAUUUACUACUUAAUUUCGUCCACAGUACAUUUUCAGCUCCCGAUAGGCGCUCGAGUUUCUCGUGCUUCGAGAGAAACGCACCGAGUGAAAGAAUAUACGAGCUGAAAUAGGGACAGCCCGUUGUUAUCGCAGCUGAAUUUAUUAGCUGUUUCGAAUUAAGGCGUUACAGCGAACAACAUAGCUGUACCUUGCGGUAAAUGCAACUUACCUCUAAUAGCUCCUGUUGCUGUUACCGCUGCUUAUAAAUUCAUUAGCUGUGAUAGCAACGACAUUAGCUAUCCCUAUAUUAAAGAUGUAUAACCCGUUAGUGCCGUAU